AUGUCCAAUGCGGAUUGUUAUCGAAUCAGGCACAACGCGCUACUGGGCGGCACCACGAUUGAUUGGAGCAAGGUGAAGACACGUCGUUGCAGUGGAAUAGGUGCUCCCCGCCAGAUCAACAUCCUUGUUCAGCACGGCCAACCAAAUAUUACGAUUGCCUGCAUCACGGCUUCAACAAACCCACAACUUCGACAACCUAAAAUAGGGGCCACUUCCUCCUACAUAUGGUGUCAGACCAGCGCUGACCGACUCUUUGCAUCGUUGCUUCGAUUUUUCGGAUCUGCAAAUACAAACAAUGGUCGACUGUAA